AUGCCCGCAAGACCAGCGAGGAUCGCUUUCUUCCACCUCGAUCUGGGCGUUGGUGGCGCAGAGCAACUCGUUUUGCAAACUGCCAUUCAAACGCACACGGUCAUUGUGGACUCAAGGCGCUUGCCGUGUACAGUCGAUAUGUUUACCUCUUACUACGAUAAACGUAGAUCUCUCGAAGCAUCAAGAGACCGAUAUGCGGGCUACGACCUUGUGUUUAAUGACCAAGUGGCAGUAGUGAAUCCUCUUCUCCGCCUGAUUGGUAGGAAGGUCAUUUUCUACGGUCAUUUCCCUGACCUCUUACUUGCCAGCCGCCAGCCGUCGCUCCUGCGCCGCUUGUACCGCUACCCCUUCGAUAUGCUCGAAUCCUUGACAACUGGGAUGUGCGACUUGGUGCUGGUCAACUCCAAGUUCACCGCAGAAACAUUCUCUGAAACAUUCUCAUCCUUCAGGAAGGCCAAGCCCCGUGUUUUGUAUCCGCCGAUAAGCACGGAGGUGGAAGCAUUCCGACUGCGCGGCGGUAAUGGCGACUCCAAUGUUUCCUUCAGUCAGCUAGAAGGAUUUGACCUAUCGGUACCCUUUGCGGUUUCGCUGAAUCGCUUCGAAGAAAAGAAGAAUGUCGAGCUUGCAAUAAGGGCCGUGGCAAGUCUUCCGGGACACAGAAAGUGCAACAUGGUUGUAGCAGAAUCUCCUGAUGGGGUAGAGCUCUUGUAUUCUGUAGGAGGCUUCGACCCGCGUCUACCUGAAUGCAAGGACUAUUUCCAGCGACUCGUUAAUCUUUCAAGGGAGCUCAAGUUUCGCAUUCUCAAUUGUGAAGAUGCUGUGGAUGCCAAGCAAGCGGUCCAAGACAGUGGCUUAGGAGAGCGUUGUAUUCUUUUCCUGAAGAAUGUACCGUUGCCGUUGAAGUUGUUCUUGCUGGAAAAGAGUGUUUGCGUACUUUAUACCCCUCCUGAGGAGCACUUCGGAAUUGUGCCUUGUGAAGCAAUGUUCAUCGGUAGCCUGCCCGUGGCGUGCAAUAGCGGUGGACCCCGAGAAACCAUUAUCGACGGGGCAACAGUAAGUAUGAGACUCUACGGAAAUGCCAGCUGCGUCGUCUCACGCUUGCUUUCAUGA